AUGAUCCGCGCGUCGAAGUCACCUUGGGCUUCCCCCAUCGUCGUCAUCGUGAAGAAGAACGGCGUCGACUACAGGUUGGUCAACGGUCUGACCCAGUUGAUGGUGUACCCGAUACCACUGGUCACGGACCUCUUGGAAGACUUGGAUAAGUACCGAUGGUACUGCUCCUUAGACUUGGCUAGCGGAUUUUGGGUAAUCCCGAUGACGGACCGAUCCCGUCUCAUCUCCGCGUUCAUCACACCAUUCGGGCUGUUUGAGUGGCUGCGUAUGCCAUUCGGUUUAUGCAACGCGUCACAGAUAUACCAGCGGUUGAUAGACAACGCGCUGUACGGCUUCUGGAAACUCUCGCCGACGGAAGAUACCCGCGACGUUUUCCAGGACAGGGUCCUGUCCAAGCCUGGAACACGGUUCGUGCGUGGUCGACGGUCCUAUAUUGACGAUAUUCUGAUCGGGGGAAAGUCUUGGGAUGACUUGUCCAAGAAGGUGGAACGUCUCCUCGAGGUUUGCGAGGAGUGGCACCUGUCAAUCAGUGUCGAGAAAAGCGAAUGGGGAAUGCCAAGAGUGGAUUACUUGGGGCACGAGGUUUCGGAAAACGGACUCGAGGCAAAGCCAAAGAACUUGGAAGCACUAGCGGCGCUGGAUUUUCCGCGCACGCAAAAAGGCCCGCAACUGCGAGGAACGCUCCACAACCCAGAAACGCAUGACGUGGAAAAGUGGGACCACGCUGAACGCGCGUUCACGACACUUCGCAGCAAGAUCACGGCUACCCCGAUGCUAAAGCACUUCGACGCGGAUAGACAACCAGUGGUGAUUGUGUACGCGAGUGAUUGGGCCGUGUCGGCCGUCAUCACUCAAGAGCAUGACGGAGUGUACAUUCCCGUCAAGUUCACUAGCCGGAUGUUGAAGCCCAACGAGCUGAACUACAACAUCACCGAGAAGGAGAUCCUAGCGUUGUUGCGCGUCUUGAACGAAUGCCACAACAUGCUUUUAAAGGGCUGCAAGGUCGUCUGUCUCAAAUGGGCCGCCAUCCUCUCCCCUGGCGAUUGGAAAUCCUCCGGUCAGCGAAAGGGGAGGAAGAGAUUCUGGGAGCGUUGGCUGCAAGCAUCACGCCGAUGGCCCAUGUUGGCCCAUGUAGAUUCUGCAUUGGAAGAUAUCGCGCCUCGAAAACGCCCGUCUAAGAUGGCUGUGAUCCCGGUCCCGAAACUCGGGCCGACCGAGAGCCUCCACGUGAUCAGCUUCGACGGAUCAGCCCGCGUCAAACGCGAAGGUGGUGCAUUCAGCGCCGUAGUCUGGCUAAAAGCCGCGUCUGGAUACGCGGAAGGUCUCACAGUAAACGAAGCCGAAUACCGGGGCAUACUACUCGGGCUCUCGCUCCCAGAAGACUUGGAUGUCACACGCUUAAUCAUGUGCGGUGAUUCCAACCUGGUGGUUCGCCAAAUGCGGGGAGAGAUGGACUAUAAGUUGGCCGGACAGACACUCCAACGACAAGGCGACAAAGACGUCCAUAACGUCGAGGGGAUCGAGGAUCUGAAGACGCUAAAUCGGUUGGGAGAAGUGCUGCAACCCACGCUACCCGUUUCAGAGCGUGAAACGCGCGGUCCCGACAACGAGAGACGCGGGACAGGGAGAGUCUAUCCCGUGACCACCCGGACGAAGAGCUCUGGAUAUCUCAAGAAGUUCCUAAGCGGAGAUAUCAGCGAGCUUUCUAAACAGGAGGUGAAGAGCUGUGUGAAGAUCGCAGAACAAUACGAGGUGGGGGAGAGUGGCUUGUUGUACUACCAUGUCGACCUGUUUACGGGUUUCGUCAUCGCAAAGGCAAGUGCGUCGCAGACUGCGCAGACGGUUGCUGAGUCGUACGAGGAGGCGGUUUUCAGAAGGUUCGGGGCUAGUGAAGCCAUUCGCCACGACCGAGAGCCGGGCUUUAUGUCCGAUUUCUUCAGGGCCUUCAACAAACUCAUGGGUCAAAGGCAACGAGCAACUCUCGCGUAUCGCCCACAAGCAAACGGGGCGGCGGAGCGCAUGGUGCAGACGAUCACGAGGGCCAUCAAAAUGUACAUCGCAGACAACGAUCAGCGCGACUGGGACGAGUACGCAGAACGACUCACCUACGCCCUGAAUACCGCCCACGAUCGAACCCGGGACGAAACACCGUUCUUCCUGGUACAUGGUUGGGACCCACGGUCCACCCUGGAAACGACGCUAGCGAUUGGAAACACCUCACAUCGAGACGUGGAAGCUCGGCGAUGGAGAACGCGUAUACAGCGUCACUACAAAACCGCACGCGCACAAGCACUCGAGUUGAUCCGCGAAGCAGUGAACACGCGGGCCACACGGCAGAACGCGCGCGCGACGGAACACGCAAUACAACGUGGAUCCCAAGUCUGGCUGUAUCUUGAUCGGGUCAACCCCCGUUACGCGCGCAAACUUGCACACCUGUGGUACGGCCCGUUCCGCGUCGCCGAAUUGAUGAGCGCGUACGCCUUGAAGCCCGUCCGUGAAUUCCCGUCGCGACCCGAGUUGCGACUGACGGUGCCGGCGGAGGAGCGGUUCGACUUCGACGAAGAGCUCCUCCCGGAGGAGAGCUGGGAGACGCACGAUGCGGACGACGAUGUAUACGAGGUCGAACAAACCCUAGAUGUACGCGAAGGUCCCACAACGCGCUAUGGACGAACGCGGCGCGAGUUCCAUGUGAAGUGGCGAGGAUACCGAGAGACGAGCUGGGUAGAUGAGCUGGGCUUGAACUGCGGAGGACUCUUGUAUGACUUCCUGAGGAAACGCACAGGUCGAAGCCGAUUCGAGGUGAUGCAGUCCCACGAGGACGCGUCUACCGAGAGCUGA